AUGAAUGAUUUAAUUCGUAUUGUGGAAGCACCGCAACUUUCCAAUACAUUACGCAAGUUACACGUUGCAAUAGCUAAUGAUCGUGAUCGUAAGCAUUGUGCUAUGCCUUCAUUUAAUUCUUUGCUUCCAAUGGGUAAUUUACAUACAUUCACUUUUUUUCAAAAAUUUUAUUCACGAUUACGAAUUGAAUGGACAUAUUUCGAAAUGCUGAUGUCUUCGAAUGUAGUACCUGCUCUUCGACGUGCUAAUUUACCUAUUUUUAUUAAUAUCAACGAAAUAAAUCGUAUUAGUGCGUCAAUAUGUUUUUACUGA